AGUGAAACGUCUCAGGUGGUCACUUGAGGGGAUCACCUUGACUGGCCCUCAAGUUCAGAACGCCACGCAGAUACUUGAGUCAAUCCACUGGUGAUGCGAUGGGGUCCAGCCAGUCUGUGAGCUUUCCACCUGUCUCAGGACCCCACCUCGUAGGCUGCGGGGAUGUGAUGGAAGGUCAUAGUCUCCAGGGAAGCUUCUUUCGACUCUUCUACCCCUGCCAAGAGGUGGAGGAGACCCCAGAGCAGCCUCUCUGGAUUCCUCGAUACGAGUACUGCACUGGCCUGGCCGAUUACCUGCAGUUUAACAAGCGCUGGGUGGGGUUGCUGCUCAACCUGGCUGUGGGAUCUUGUCGCCUGCCUGUUAGCUGGAAUGGCCCCUUUAAGACAAAGGACUCUGGAUACCCUUUGAUCAUCUUCUCCCAUGGCUUGGGAGCCUUCAGGACAGUGUAUUCAGCCUUCUGUAUGGAGCUGGCCUCCCGUGGCUUUGUGGUUGCAGUGCCAGAACACAGGGACCAGUCAGCUUCGGCCACCUAUUUCUAUAAGCAGCCCCCAGAGAAGAACCAGCCCACCUGUGGGUCACUGGAGGAGGAAUGGAUUCCCUACCAAAGAGUUGAGGAAGGGGAGAAGAAAUUCCACAUCCGGAACCCUCAGGUACACCAGCGGGUGAGGGAGUGCGUGCAGGUGCUGAGGAUCCUGCAGGAAGUCACUGCUGGGAGGACCGUCCCCAAUGUCUUCCCUGGUGGGUUGGAUCUGAUGACCUUCAAGGGCAGCAUUGACAUGAGCCGUGUGACCGUGAUGGGACAUUCAUUUGGAGGGGCCACCGCUAUUCUGGCCUUAGCCAAGGAGGCCCAGUUUCGCUGUGCUGUGGCCUUGGAUGCGUGGAUGUUCCCUCUGGAGCGGGACUUUUACCCACAGGCCCGGGGCCCUAUAUUCUUCAUCAACACUGAGAAAUUCCAGACUGCGGAGAGUGUCUCCUUGAUGAAGCAGAUAUGCACUCAGCAUGAGCAGUCGAGGAUCGUGACUGUCCUUGGUUCUGUUCAUCGGAGUCAGACUGACUUUGUUUUUGUGACUGGCCACUUGGUUGGGAAAGUCUUCUCCUCUCAGACUCGUGGGAGCUUGGACCCCUAUGAAGGUCAGGAGGUUAUGGUGCGGGCCAUGCUGGCCUUCCUGCAGAAGCACCUUGAUCUGAAAGAGGACUAUGAUCAAUGGAACGACCUCAUUGAAGGCAUUGGACCAUCGCUCAUUCCAGGGGCCCCACACUACCUUUCUAGCCUAUAGGCACAACUGGCCUUUUCUGCAGCUGAGUUUCCCCUUUGGGGGUUGCCCAGGAGCACCUAUAACCUAUCAGAAAGUGGUCAACAUGAUUGAGACAAUGUAAUUAUGCUGCUGAUGGGAUAACUAGAUACUUUGAUUUGGGGUUUGUUGAUCUUAAACUCACAUUGGGACAUAGAUCACUGACUGAUUAGCAGACUGACUAUCUGGGGUCUGAGCCCCAAUGGUGUGGGAAACAAGCAGUGGUUGGGGCUGGGGGAGGCCCAGGCCCCGAGCUGAGCCCUGUGAAGUCGGGAUAUAAGGACAGGCCAGCAGACCUGCUCUCUUGCUUGGACCUGUGUUGCCUCUGGGGUACAAGCAGUGAGGUUUUCAGCCCUGCCUGGUACUCACCGCUUCCCAACCUUGCCCUUCCCAGGGUCACUGGUGCUUAACACUUCAGGUAACUUUCUGCACUGUGGACCAUCAUCCGUUGCCUGAAACACAGAGUCGGUGCUCAAAUCAGUGCUGUCCGGAAGCAGAAAGUAUUAACCUAGGGAGAGAUACUAAAGUACAAAGGGGGCCUUCAGAAGCUCUGGGUGUCUUCGGAGUUUGCUAGAAAUUAAUCUUGUCAGGAAAAAGAUGGGCAGGUAGAGUGACAGUGCCAAGUAGCCAUUAGCACGAGCAGCCCUUGCCACCAGAGGGAGGCAUUCGACACAGGAGGCCACCCCUGGGAAGGGCUAGGAUCAGUUCCGUCUUGCCUCCUACCUCAAAUGUCGGGAACUACCAGCUUGCUCAGAAUCAAGGUACUUUAGCUGUCUGUUUCCUGUUUUUAUUUUUAGCUCUGAGACCCUUACUCCAAAUUUUAAGUCCACAUGCAGACUCAAUUUUUAUUCUGUUCCAUUUAUAAUUUGAAGGCUAUUGAUACUCAUGUUUGCCUGAUGGCAUGUUGAAAGAUUUUACUUAAUCUGCAUUAGAGCAAGUCAGGGGACCAUCUGGAAGUGUUGGGUUUUCCUUUUUUUUUUGUUGUUUUUUUCUGCAUUUCUUUGUUCACUAACCACGUGGGCCUUUAUAAAGAAAGGAAGUCUUCAAGAUCUAGUUCCAAGCCAUGUGGGAAAGCCAGCCCAAAACUCCAUCUCCUUUACUCAGCUUCUUGCCUAUAAUCUCAGGACCCAGAAGGCUGAGGCACAAGUUCGAGGUCAUCCUGGUUUACAUAGCAAGACUAUGACUCCCCCCGACCCCCCCCCAAAAAAAGACUUCUUACCUCAGUCCAAGGAGAGGACCCCAGAGGAGACAAAUGCUAGAGGGAACAUCUCUGCAAUCUACCCAGUAGUCCAAGAUCAGGGUUGUGAAGUGCCUGUGAAUUUCCAUGUGACAUAGGAUCUAGAGGACUCCUUGACACGCUGGAAUUAGUCACCCUGGUUUGAAUCCUGGCUUUACCACUGCUAACUGGGUAAAUCUGAGCUAAUUAUGUUCUCUUUCCAAUCUCAGUUCUUGCAUUUCUAAAAUUAUGAAUUGUUAAGAGGAUUAAGAGGGGCGAUGUGUAACCAUGGGUUAUUAAAAUGACUCCUGCUUUCAGAAAUA